AUGGGAGCGUCAGGUAGUACCCCACUGCUAAAGAAUGUUUUGAUAGGAGAAGAAGUCUCUCACUCUACUACAUUGUAUCGUAUCUGGACAAAUGUAUAUCCAUGCCUGCUGAGUAAAAGACGUAAAUGCACGCUUUUUCUACGACAUUUUGCUGAAACGGACUCGGCAGAGACUAGGUCUUUUUUUGAAAACGGGAUUAAGACAAUAUUAAAGUUACGGCACCCCUACAUCGUAGAGUAUGUAAGCAGUAGUUUGGAUUUAAAAGAAGCAACGUUAUUGACUGAACGAGUACAAGUCCUGGAUUUGGUCAUUGACUCACUAACCCCUAUUGAGAUACACACGGGGCUAACUCAAAUCCUGGACGCUUUAAUCUUCCUUCAUGACAUAGUACCACCUUACCUUCUUACUUUAGAUUAUAAACAGUCAUGUUUGUUACGUGUCUUUUACAAUAGUUUUUCAAUAAAAAAAAUCGCAAGUUGCAAAUCAAAAAGGCAUCUCGAAUUUUUUCAUGCUAGAAUAGGGGCAGGAUUGUCUCAUAACAACUUAUGUCCUUCUUGUGUUUUUGUUGCUCUUGAUGGACGGUGGAAAUUAAGUGGUUUUGAAUGCGCACAAAAACUGGAAAAUUCGCGGCAUUGGGUACAGACGGAUUUUGUCCGAUCGGUGAAGUUGCCUGAAUUUGCUCCCGCUGAAGAUCAGUUGAUGUUAUCAACCGAUAUUCCUCCUGCAGCAAGAGAUGCUUUUGCGUUUGGAAAACUGAUUGCUUACGUGCUUCCUUACAUAAGAGAGCAUUUACUGGGUGAAUUUUUAAUAUUUGUUUUUAACUUUGCUGAUAAUAAAUAUCUUGCAGUUGAACUUGCAGAAGAGACGGUGACAGCGUUGGAACUGGUCAUUGAAAGGCUAACUGACGAUGAUCCUUCACGGCGUGACAGCUUGGGCUCGCUUGUAACGGCUUAUCCAGCUGCUUUUACCAAUAAGCUUUCUGCUAUGAUGGAUUUUUUACGUAAAUUUCACUCCAAGACAUUAAAACAGAAUAUUUUCUUUUUCGAUGCUUUCAAGGAAGUAAAACUGUUUAGAAACGCUGUAAAUGACCUAAAAGAAAUGCCCAAGGAUGUUGUUGGGAAACGUUUAGUUCCGCUUUUGCUUUCUCGUUAUGUUCUGUUGGACAAAGUUGCACAUGAAAAGCUUCUUCCGUUCAUUUUACGGCCUGAUGAGGAUGGCAACGAAAGCGGGUUGUUUACGUACGUUCCUUUUAAGCGAUGGGUUGUUCCAGAAAUUUUAAAAAUAUUUCGAGUCCAUGAAUUAUCGGUGCGCCUUGCAUUGCUGCGUCACUUCCCUUUAUUCGUUAAGGCCAUUGAUGAAGCAGACUUGGAAGGCAUAGUCCUUCAAGAGGUGCUUGUUCUUGGUAUGAAAGAUACCGAUGACCAGAUGGUCAGUGCUUCUUUGCGCGCAAUGGCAGAAUUAGUGCCUAUCUUAGGUGGCCAAACGGUAACCGGACUUGUUCACAAAAAAGUAUUUGCUGAUGGGAAGCCAAAAGACAGUUUGUACGAAUAUGGCAGCUCGAGCAACGCACACGUGGUUGUCGAAAAAAGCAGCGCACUCGCAGAGGAGCAAAAGGAACACCCGGCAUCACUAUCCUACUUACUAGAAGAAGACCAUUCAGAGUAUUCUGAGUUCCCAAGUGUUACCUUAAAGCUGGUUCGUGACCGUAAACGUUCAUCGGCUUCAUUGGAUGAGUCUGUGGCGGAGAGUAACGACAGUGAAAAAGAUAGGGUCAAUGACAGUUGGGAGGGGCACUGGGAGUCGACGGAUGAGUUCAACGCCGCAGAGGAGCGUCCUUGUUCUAGUCCAAUAACUUUGGAUGGUCGUAAAGAUUUUGAACAGAAUAACCUGCUGACAGUAGGUAAAAGGCUAAGCCCGACAGGUAAUGCUCUUUCGGUUGGUGUUAAGCGAGAUAGGUACGAUGCAAAAGGAAAAAAUACAAUUGCUGAUGAUGAAACUAUUAAAGUGGAGGAACCCGAUUAUUUUGCGGGUAUGGAGCCCGUUGUUUCAAGUGCGCCUAAACUAAUUAUUCAAUUUCACGAUGCUCCUCUAGAAGAAUGUGAGGGCCAGCGCAAGACUGCUGUUUCUAAUCGGUUUGCAGUAAAUGCAGAUGAGCACGAAUCUGUCAAUCUGGAAUCAUGGGAAGCUGAACCAGUCAUGGGUUGGGAAUCAGAUUGA